UUUUUCUGUAACACAUGGGUCCAUUGUUAGUAAAAUUGACGUUCUCAAUAUGUAAAAGUGCAUGUUACGCUUUGAUUGAUUGUUUUUAUUAUAGGACGUUAAAAUAUGUGUCAAAACCCUAAAUACUCUGGAGGAUGAGAGUUCCACUCUCAGUCGUGACGAUCUAUACCCUAUUCAAAUUACAAACAUUUUCAAAACAAUUGAUGUACCUAUAGCCAAAUAUCAAACUGAUUUUUUUGAACCAAAGAAGUGCCCCAUCCAAUUAACUUAGUGUAGUUUGCACUAGUAUGAAAAUGGUAAGACUUUGAAAUAAGUUUUAAUUGCGCGAAGAUGAGUCUGGCACUUGUGCAGGGAUAUUCUUCUGAAGAGGAGGAGCAGCCUCAGCAGUCCAUCUGGUCUGAUAGUGAGGACGAAAAUCCAACAGAAAAAGAAGAAGCAUUCCCCAACCACAACACUCCACUGACUGUAAAACUAUCUGCAGGCUCCUCAUUGCCUUCGGCUUUUCAAGCAUUUUCUGAGGUUACAGGGCCUCCUGAGUUUCUGAAUAAUAGUGCAUUAGAGCCAAUACCAACCAGGCCAUCUCAGAGGAAAAAUGCUUUUGGAAGAUGGCAAGGUGCAAAAGGUUCCAAGGCAAAGAAAGAGCACCCAGCUGGUGUUGUUAUGGAGGCUAAAGCUCAGUUGGUGGGUAUUCGUGAACGUGUGCGAAGUGAUGUAGAAGGGACUGUAUCACAGGGAUCCACCACAGAAAUGCCACCACCCAAGACUAUUCCAGCAUCAAGUCCUACUGAUAGCCGGCGAACUCCUGGAGCAACCAUGCCACCUCCAGAAGAUGCUGCAAAGCUACUGGGGAUGUGUCUUCAGUGUGGUGUGCCAAAGACCUAUUCUAAUGCACGAGAAGGUGUAGUAUGCCCAGUUUGUGGUGACCGACCUCUUGGGGAUCCUAACAAAGAAAAGAAAAAAGGUUCAACAAUUAAAGACAAAGAAAAAAAUAAGCGUAUGAAAGGCCAGUCGAGUCAUGCCACAUGGAAGAGUGAAACUGAGAUGCAUUUACGACAACAGUUUGACUAGUAAAGCUAGUGCUUGAUGAAAGCAUAGUUCAGACAUAGGUGUUUCUGACCAUCAAAUUUGUAAUGUUUAGAGCAUUUACCAGUGCAGCAUGCAUAGGACAUGUGUUAAAUGAUACAGAAAAUACACAAUGCAUCAUCCACUAGGAGAUCUUUAUAUUUGGUUAGUAUUCAAGGAAGAUCUUCAAGCUUUAUAUGCUGCAUAACUGUUUGUUCACUGGGAUGUCAAGAGGUAUCUUUAUUACAGCAUGAUGGUAAGGGUUCAGUUUAACCAUCAUGAAUGCAUCGAUUGGCAAUUGUUGGCUCAUUGUUACUGAAUUGAAAUUAAUAGACCUAUAAGGCUAUGCUGGGUUAAGAGUUUUCA